AUGAAAAUUGCACUGUUUCAAUUACCGGUAGGCACAGAUUCUACUACAAAUGUUAACCAAGCCGUGGUAGCGAUUAAGUUGGCUAAAGCGAAAAACCCUGAUUUGAAACUAGCUAUUUUAUCAGAGUGUUUUAAUGGUCCCUAUGGCAUAGAUAACUUUGCAAAAUUUGCCGAAAAAAUUCCUGAAGGUUCAACUUGUCAAGCUUUAUCUAAGUUGGCAAAACUCCUUGGUAUUUACAUAAUUGGUGGGAGUAUAAUUGAAAAAGUUGAUGAACUUAAAUUAUACAAUACUUGCGUCGUUUGGUCACCAGAUGGCAAACAAAUUGGCAAGUACCGUAAGAUGCACUUAUUUGACACUAAUCCACUUGCUGGGGGAGUACAAUUCAUGGAAUCGUCAGCUCUUACCCCUGGCAACGAAUUGACGAUUGUCGAAAUUGAGGGUCGAAAAUUGGGAAUUGGCAUUUGUCAUGAUUUACGCUUCCCCGAAUUGGCACGAUUAUAUCGCAAAGAAGGUAACAAAAGUCCAAAAACCAUUUCGAAGAAAUUCUAA